UCGAGUCUCCGGUCUUCCCAAUUCACCAUGUCCAACUAUUACAAUUCCAACCAAGGCGAAAACGCAAGCUAUCAAGGUGGAGGAUCAGGCUAUCCUAAUCCUGGCUCUCAAAACUAUCCUCCUAUGCCUCAGCCUGACAAUUACAACGCGGGUGGAGGAGCCAUGAUGCCUCAGCCUCAAGCUACCGGUUACGGUGCUUACGGACCUCCUCCAGGUCAGCAAGGCUACCAGGCCCAGGCCCCGGGAAACCAUGGCUAUGGACAUUCAGCAUAUGAUGACGACGACGACGACGACGAUGCUCCCGCUCGCUAUGCAGCUCAGUAUGCUCCCGAACAGGAUCGCGGCGUUUUCUCUUCGGUGCUUCAACAAGUCAAAGGUGGCAAAUCCAACGCUUCCGUAGCCGAAUCCCACGAAAUUCAGGAAGCUCACAACUCGCAUCAGCAGUUUUAUGGCAACGGUGGCGGUCAAGGCAACACUCAAAACCCCAAUGAUAUCGGUAACGCGGCGGCGAUGCAAGCUUUGCAUAAUCAAGAACGCAGCGGCCAAGGCGAUAGUAUGAAUGCCUUUAUUGGUAUGGCCAUGGCUGAAGCGUCGAAAUUGUUUGCCAAGCAAAGUGGCGGCGGAGGUCACGGUGCUGGCGGUGACAGCGGCAAAGCGCAAGCUAUUCAGCAAGCUGCCAUGAUGGCCAUGAAGUUAUACAUGGCGAAAAAAGCGUCUGGAGGCUCCGGCAGCGGUGGCAGUGGAGGAUUAGGUGAUAUGCUUGGCAUGCUGAUGGGCGGUGGACAAGCACAGCAACAGCAGUCAUCAUCUCACGGUUCGAGCGGUGGCAUUGGCGGAAUGGUUAGCUCUCUUUUGGGUCAAGCCGGUCACGGUUCCCCUCAACCUCAGCAGCAACAACAACCACCUCAGCAGCAGCAGCACAGCAGCAGUGGCAUGUCCAACGUUGCGGGUAAAAUCUUUUCAAAGAUCUUUUAAAUAGUUUUCAAGAACUUUGUUGUAGCAGUAGCUGUGAUUUCAACUGCUGUAUUCCCUUCUCAAUAACCUCUGCGAAAAAAACCAGAAAUUUACUAUGGCAUUUGUAUAAAAUAUUGAUAUGCAAAGCAAUGUGAUUUAGUAAUGACAGCUGCACAAUAUAUUUUGCUUUCCAU